CACUUUCUGGAUCUAAUCAAGGGCAACGAGGCCCUUUUGGUCAAGAACGAAAAUUGAUGAUCUUUCCCUACUUUGGUUCGUGUUUAUCGCGUUUGCGACCGUAAUGUUUCCUCCGCGAGGACAGCUCGUCGAUUGCGUUUUCCGAGGACUCUUCUUGCUCUCACUCGGAACAAGUGAAGUCUUUGUCGCAGCGUCCGACGGGGAAACGGAAGCACCGCACCAUGAGACCCAAGCACACGGAGACCCCAGCACGGAGGAGGCUUCAUCUCCUGCUGUUCCCGCACAGUAUCUGGCCUGCGACAAUCAAAUUAUCAAGGCGGGCGAAGUCGACUUCUGGGGCGAGUUUGUCGGCCCCGUCCGGCGAUUCCACCUGGACUCCGGUGUGGCGCUCAACGAGUCCCGGCAAUAUCACGGCUUCACGCAGAAGAUCCUGGCCCUGGAAGGGCGGACCGAGCAGGUGGCGGAGGAAUGCCUGUCGGGCACCCUCGUCCUCUUUCUCCAAUCCCUCGCGGCCGCCGAGCACGACUUCGGGUUGCCGCACGCGCGCGACCUGCUCCGCCUGGCACAGGAUCUGUUCGCGCAAGUCGCGGGCUCCGCUUGGUUUGGUCGGGAGCUGUUUGGGUCCGGGGCGGACCACGAAACGCCGCAAAAAGGAACACGGGACUACUGGGACACGGCCGCGAUCGCCCGCAGCCUGCGGCUCUUCGAGCGGGUUCUGCUCCCGGAAAGGACGCCACAGCCUGUCCUAGUCCCCGCGCCAGCAGCGGCGCUAGAGAGACGCGGUCGGCCGCUCCGCGUCUAUGUCUACGAGCUACCGACGGACCCGGGAGGUGCGACGCCGAAGGAGCUGCUGCAGCAGGGACGCUACCUUGAGGCGGUCGGACACGGGCUCAGCAACUGCCAGUUCGGCAUGUACGGCACCGAGGUCGCCUUCCACCGCUACCUCCAGCAGGCGGUCGUGCGCGUGGCGCGGCCCGAAGACGCGAAUUUGUUCUUCAUUCCGUCCUAUUUCAAGUGUAUCGAGCUGCUCAACUGGGUCGACGGAUUCCAUCAACCGUCUGAUGGCAGCGAGACGACACCUGCAAGCGACCAUCCCGACGGCGCGGCGGCGCCCGCGAAAGCCCCCGCCGACCGUCCCGAAAGCCUGGUCUUGCUGCAACAAACGAUGGACUUCGUCAAGCGCAGCGGGCCGUGGUUCGCGCGCAACAACGGGGCGGACCACGUGGUGCUCUUUUCGUGGGGCCGCCACCCCUGCGCCAUUGCACCGGACUGGCAAACCAUUGUGGGAAAGAACGUCAUCCAGCUUCAGGUGGAAGACCACUGCGAGGAUCUGAACGAAAAAGGCACAGCGCCAGUUUCGACCUUUCAGGCGCACAAGGACGUGAUCAUCCCCGGCUACACAGACCCGUGGCGCGCCAAGGAACUCAAGCGCCAAAACCGUCGACUCGACCAACGGCGCUACCUGCUCACCUUCCACGGCCGGUCCCCACAAAACGCCGCUUCCUACGAAAAUGUGACCAUACGCGGAGAAAUCGUCAGCCAGUACGAAAAUCUGCCGCCCGACGUGAAACCCUGGGUAGUACGUUUGAAUCUACUUCACUGUUUAUUGGCUUCUUGCCGUGACCGCAACAUCGGUUCAUAUUCCUUUUCUUGAUCGUACCACAGAGGCAGUUUGUCGGCCGUUUAUUACAGUUGGCACUGAACCACGACUCGGCUACCAUCUGGUCCCGCGGGGAAAUAUUCAUUAUCUUUUCAGGUAGCCAUCGGAGGUUUCGUGGAGGACUACCACGAGCUACUGGGGCAGAGUAUGUUUUGUUUGGCGCCCCGCGGUAUCACACCGUGGACGAUUCACCUCUACAUUGCGUUCCUCGUCGGGUGCAUUCCCGUCAUCCUUAGUGAUCAUUUCCGCCUGCCGUUUUCGUCCUUCCUCGAUUACGCGUCCGCCGCGGUUCGGUGGCCCGAGCAGGAUUUCUCGCUCGCAGCCCUGCUCGACCACUUGCGGAACCUUCUGGAGUCGGGGGCGGCGACGGAGUUGAAAAAGCAAGUGGACCGGCUGAGCUGUUGGUUCGACUACGAUUUGUGGGACGCCGCCGACUGCUCCCCGUACCGGGGCGCCAUGCGUCAGUUGCAGGACCGAGUGGACAGCUUGCCGAGAAACUUGGCGCCGUUUUCUGCAGCAGGACCACAGCACGUGAAAGGACAACUUCGAGGCAGCAGGAGCUCCUAUUUGGUCGGCUUUCUUCUCUUCCAUCCGCGCUUACGGAAGACGUUCGCCACGUUACGGCCGCUAGCGGAUUUCUUGGAGGUCACCGGGAAGAUGGAGGACGUCAUAAUAGUAGCCAACGACUACCAUCUCGAGGAACUGGUUACGUUUUUCACUGAAGAAAAAGUCUCGGCGCGAAUCGCGGUGCUGGUCCAGUUCUUCCCACUUGGGGUGGCCGACGGCUACCGUGCCCGGCUAGCGGACCGAGGGACGGUAGAAGCCGGGGUCCCGCAAAUCGUUGGCGUCAUAACGGAUCUGGGUGCAUUUGAAGAGCCCAGCGGGGUGUAAGUACCAACAGAGUGUAGUUAUAUCGACGACGUCCUUAGUGCAUUGUAUGCUUUAGUAUUUGCAUGAAGGACAACGAAAAUUGUUUAGAAUGGUAGGAUGAUAAUUGUUCGUCGCUUUUCAACACAUCUAACGACCACACGGAAGUAACAGCAAGAGAACAGCGCGCGCGUUUUUACCGUCGAUGAGGUUUCCACCACAUUGAGAUUACUCGGUUUCGGCUAAUAAACGUUCCCCCUCUGCUCUCGUUCCUCUCGUCUCGUAUUGAUCGACGCAAGUCAGUUUGUUGUCGUGAGCGCACCUGAUCGUACGUGCUAAAGUUAGUAUCGGUACAGCGAGCGUUCUACUCCACUCGUCUACGCUUAUUGACCUUGCUUGACGUUUGUUUCUGCGUCCUGGAAGCACGGCGCUCGUGAAGCGAUUUUGAUAAAGAUCGG